AUGGCCGAGGCGUCCAAAGCUAGCGCACAAGAUUUCGUCAAACAGCAAGUGUACCAUGUAGCCCUAAAAACGGAACUGCUUCUGACUUUACUCUUUAGGAUGCUUCCACUCUACCACGGGCCUACUAUUAAAAUUAGAAUCAAGACAGGUAACACCGAAAUCACAGUUUCAAGAGACUUGCUAUGCGCAGAAUCAUCUGUCUUCACAAAAAUGUUCAAAAAUGGUCAUUUCAAAGAGUCACAAGAGCAGGCACUUGACCUAGAAGAGAUGGAUGAUGUCAUCUCAACUCGUGCUCUCGAAGCCCUUUUUCAAUGGCUUUACCGGGGUAUCAUCAGAUUCAAUAUUGAGAGCCCCGAGGAGCAUGUUUCUGCCGCUAUGGAGCUUGUCAGGUUUGCGGACAUGUAUGAAAUAGAUAGGCUGGAGGGCGAAAUGGCGAAAUACGUCAAAGAAAUAAUCGUUUCCGCUGAUACCCCAUUCGACUACUAUGGUGAUGAUCAAAACACUUAUUUUCUCAAGUCCGAUCACAUUAUCUCAGCGUCGAAUCUGCCCUGUGGCCAUGCUGUACGACGCCUUCUAGCUGCUGCUUCGGUUGAAGGGUACCUACGAAGCGACGAAUACAAAUUUGCUGGCCUGACUCAAGAAUACGCUUCGUUCGGUGCUGAUCUCCUCCAAGAGGUACAGCUGGGAUUGCGCGGGCUGCGGCGAAGUGAUGUAUCUUUGGAAGACCCCAUCCGCGGAGGAAGAAUAUAUAUAAAUGCAAGGUAA